CGCUCCGCCCCCUCUCCAGGACAGAAACCCGGGUAUUCCCGACAUCACCCGGCGACCGAUGCCGCGGUUCACGCUCGCGGCAGACAGGUCCAGGAGCCGAAGGAGUACUGGAACAAGGGUAGGACAACAACAACUCAGCGCCAAAGACGACCACUCCAUCGUUAGCAACGCAAGUUCCAUCAGACUACGCCGCGGAGGAACCAGUAGAGACAGAGCCCGAGCUCUUUCAGCGAACAACAAACUUAGUGCGGAUGAAGUUUGGAAACUCGGCGUCGAUGCAAACGGGAGGGCAACGAGGCCAGUACAACCGAAGGAGCCACCGAAGCCGAAGUACGAGAUCCACUACGACGGUGUGUACCUGUUCUACAAAGAGCAGGAGAUCAUCGCGAACAAGGAUCAGUCGCAGGAAAAAGAAAACGAAGGUAGCGCGCCAGCGUCCCCGGUCGUAGUGCCCGUCGUCGCGGAAAGCCCAGAACAGCAAGAACCUCUCCUCAACGGCGAGGCUGCGAUGUCAAGGCAGAAGCAGAAAGACGAGAAGAUCAAGGAACUCUCGGCCGCAUUACCGCUAGAUGACAGGGAAAAGCUGAAAAAGCUCCGCAUGAAGCAGCUCCACGAGCGGUUGGCGCAACACCGGGAACGGCACGAAAGCGCGGAGAAGAGGCAGAUGCAGACGCAGUCCUUGGACAAAAUGGAGCAGAUCGUAUUGAAGAAGGUGACAGAGGUAACCGCGCGGGAGCAGCCGGGGGGCGGGGCGGAGAGUGUGAAUGAUGACGUUCGUGUUUUGACGAGUCCGAAAGGCAACAUCAAAGGUGGACAACAAGGAGGUGUCCCAGCAGCUGCGAAAAGAGCUGCUGCCGCAGAGGGCUCUCAAACCGAUAACUCAUCGCCGCAUCCUCUUCACGUGAAAGACCUGGUAGAAGAUUUCGAGCAGCGCGCCUCCGCGGCGAAAGAAGAUCAGGAGGCGCACGAGAAACUGCACCGCCAGCUCGUGGAGCAGCUGCGAACGCUGGCAAGAUUUACGGCUUUGAAGGAGGAAAAGCACACGGCGUCGGACCGGAAGUCACUCAAUGACAUCGCGAAUCACGUCGAAGUAGCGCAUGCGAAUCACAUGAGGCAAAGGAAAAGUAAAUCCGAGCAGCACGACCAGGAUCGGGAUCACGACAGUAACUUGAGCGAACUGUUUGUCAACAAGGUGGAGUAUUCCGGGCAGCCGUUUGCGGUCAUGAAAGGGAAGUUGGAUGCGCACUCGGAGAAGGUACUCCUAAAAAUUAAUUGUACUAGAGCAUAUAUUUUUGUCAUCGUCAUCACGUUCUUGCACCAGAAGCCGUGCGUGUCUCUCAGCAUUUUUCCGCAAGGAAAAUUCCAAUCUCGAAAUUCUAUCAGGUCCAAACCCUCACCCGGAAAUCGCAAACUCUCGUCGAGCGUCGCAGCGAGGCAGACCGAGCGGCGGUGGCGCUGCACCAGGCUGGGCAGUUAGCUUACAGCAUCCACGAGCUGCCCAGACGGGGGCGGGAGAAGGUGCUGAAGCAGUUUGACAUCGCGACGAAGAGCCACGACCUUGCGCAGCAGCAGGAGAAACAAGCGGAGGGUGAAGCCGAGAAGGCGAGGGCGGAUUUGCGGAGUUUUGUCGUGAACGAGAUCGUGCUAACGACGAAGAAGGAAUCGAAUGCGAUGGAUUCGAAAUUAGACUCAACUUUGAGGAGCAGGGCGCGCGGAUCGGCGAUGCAGAGGAAGUCGAGGCGGGGUUCUAUUUUACGCGAACAGACGAGUGGCAGCAGCCGGAGUCCGGAUAGUCAUAGUGCAGCUUCUCAGGGCCGCCCAUCACCGGAAAUUGUUUCUGGAAGUAGAGACUACACGGGCGAAGGAGGUUCUCGUUCGUCGCAGAAGGAAGAAUUGAGGGGACAGGAAAAGGCAGAAAAGAUGAAGAAACUUCUCGCAGCGCUACCAGCAGAAGACCGGGAUACUCUGGAGAGAAGAGCGUCUAUUGUUGCAGCUCCAGCGACAGGACAACAUGCCGUAAAUGACGUAAGAGCAGAAACCGAUCAUCUUGACAUGGAGUCUGCCGCCGCAGAGCUGGGCCUCGGAC